CGCGGCUGACGUGUGGCGGUGUUUCCGGGAAGAUGGCGGCUGUCGAAGCAGCUGCGGAGCCGGGAACGGUGGUGGCGGCCGUUGGAGCAAAGGAGAAGGACGCAGAGGAGGAAGAAGAGGAGUCGCUGCCGCCGUGCGAGGCGGUGCGCUGGGCCCCGGUGGGAGCGGUAGCGGAGGCCGGGCCUGGGGCGACUGCAUUCUCGGAAGAGGCGGCGGCCGAGGACCCCGGAGCGGCUCCGGGGUCCCCGCCUGACUCGCCUGGCCGGACGCUACGGCGGCUGCGGGCAGAGCGGCGGCGGCUGGACUCGGCGCUGCUCGCGCUUUCCUCGCACUUCGCUCAGGUGCAGUUCCGCUUGCGCCAGGUGGUGCGCGGGGCUCCCGCGGAGCAGCAGCGCCUCCUGCGCGAGCUCGAGGACUUCGCCUUCCGUGGCUGCCCUCAUGUCCUGGGUUACGGGGAGCUCGAGGACUCCGCCAGCGACGAGGGCGAUGGGCUGCCGGGGGACCGGCCACGGUUACGGGGCGAGGACCAGGGGUUGAGUGAGCAAGAGAAACGCGAACGUCUGGAAACCCAAAGGGAGAAGCAAAAGGAGCUGAUACUGCAGCUCAAAACCCAGCUAGAUGACCUGGAAACGUUUGCCUAUCAAGAGGGCAAUUACGACUCCCUGCCGCAAUCCCUGGUCUUGGAAAGACAGCGGGUGAUCAUAGAUGAGUUAAUAAAGAAACUGGACAUGAAUCUGAACGAGGACAUCAGUUCACUGUCCACUGAAGAGCUUCGGCAGCGUGUGGAUGCCGCUGUGGCUCAGAUCGUCAACCCAGCCCGAGUGAAAGAACAGUUGGUUGAGCAGCUGAAAACUCAGAUCCGAGACCUCGAGAUGUUCAUCAAUUUCAUCCAAGAUGAAGUGGGGAGCCCCUUGCAAGCAGAUGGUGAACACUGUGAGUGCAAGGCCAGUGGGAAGACAGGAAAUGGCUCUGCCAGAACCAGCAGCAGCAGACUGCCUCCAGGAAACAGCAAACCAAAGGCAGAAGAUGUGAAGAGAGUGCGGGAGACGGGGCUGCACGUGAUGCGGCGAGCACUGGCGGUGCUCCAGAUCUUUGCUGUUAGCCAGUUUGGGUGUGCCACGGGCCAGAUCCCCCAAACCCUCUGGCCAAGGAGUCAGGCUGACAGGGACUACUCCCCCUUACUGAAGAGGCUUGAGGUGUCAGUAGACAGAGUGAAGCAGCUAGCCUUACGGCACCAGCCACAUGACCACGUCAUCACCUCUGCCAACCUCCAGGACCUCUCUCUGGGAGGCAGGGACGAGCUGACGAUGGCUGUGCGAAAGGAGCUGACGGUGGCCAUGAGGGACCUCCUGGCCCAUGGACUGUACGCCCCCUCACCAGGGAUGAGCCUUAUGAUGGCCCCUAUUGCUUGUUUGCUGCCAGCCUUCUCUUCGACCCCGGAAUCCAUGCACCCCUGGGAGCUCUUUGUAAAGUACUACCAUGCUAAGAACGGCCGCGCUUAUGUGGAAUCGCCAGCCCGGAAGCUCUCCCAGUCCUUCGCCCUGCCUGUGACGGGAGGCACUGUUGUGACCCCCAAGCAGAGCCUCCUGACAGCCAUCCACAUGGUGCUGACAGAGCACGACCCUUUUAAGCGCAGUGCAGACUCCGAGCUGAAGGCCUUGGUGUGCAUGGCGCUGAAUGAGCAGCGUCUCGUGUCCUGGGUGAACCUCAUCUGCAAGUCCGGGUCGCUCAUUGAGCCCCACUACCAGCCCUGGAGCUACAUGGCACUCACCGGCUUUGAGAGCGCCCUCAACCUGCUCAGUCGCCUCAGCAACCUCAAGUUUAGCCUUCCUGUCGACCUGGCUGUGCGCCAGCUCAAGAACAUUAAAGAUGCCUUUUGAUGAGAACGCCCUGGCCCUCCCCCAGCACCUUGCUCAGUAAGGAUAGGUAGUUAGGAGAAAGGAGCAGGGGGAAGAGGUAAAGACAUUUUUCCCCAGCCAAAUGACUGCAAAGUCUGUUUUCCCCGCCAAUUUGGCAUCUCAGAAAGAAAUUCUGGAGACCUUCCUGUUGAAAGGUUCUGCCCUGGUGUGUAACCACAGUGUGUACGUGGCACAUACAUUUGAGCCUGUGUAAAAGGAAACAAUUAUGGCACACAGUUAAUGCACCAACUCCUCAUGCCACAUCUGAUUUUUAGAAAACCCGGUAGCUCUAACCAUUUUCUUUAUGACUAUGCAUUGUCGGUCCUGGAAAAUAUGCGACUUGAGGUUCCUGUUAGUCAAGCUGGGAGCCAGGGUCGGGGGAGGCUGUGUAUAUUCCAUAGCUGCCUCUGUAACUAGGAACAGGAAUAUUCAGAGAACAGCAUUUCUAAGGGAGUUAACCACAAGUUGAUUUUAAUAGGAGCCCUUUUUCAUGUAGAGGUAAGAACUGAAAUCUGUUCCUGACAAGGUGAUCUCAUGGCACAGGCGAUGGUCUUUGGGUUUUGGAGCUGGUUGUUUAUAAAGAAUGACAACCACUGUCUGGUAGCACCGCCUCUGGCAAGUUACCUUUCCUCUGUGCACCUCCCAACAAGACGCUGACAAUCUUCUCAGAAGUAGGUGUGUUAGAUGUACUUCUCGAGAGAACCCUUGCCAUCUGAGUCAAGUGUGGAUAGGAGAACACCUGAGUGACCAGCAGCAACUCCUUCCAGGUCUGUGACUCCACUUGUCCUGGAGGCUGGAUGAUGGAAGAGGUCUGAUCAUACAAUAAGGACUACAGCGGGGGUGGGAACUACAGCAGGUCAGUGUUGACAGACAAGGGAUUGAGCACUUCAUCAUAAAACUGACUCGAGUGGUCCUAUUUUGUUUUCAGUAUUUUAGCCUAUUUAGUUCAUAUUUGUUUUUCAGCCUGCAUACUGCUCCAAGACUGACCAAAGAUGGGCAAAACAUAUCACUUUCUGAAAAACCAAGUGGGCUCCCAACACUACUGAUUCAGCAUUGUUUCAUGUAUUCAAUUGCCAGGUGCACUUUGUGUCUGCACUAGUAUAGUGCAUUUUAACUUAAUUUUUUUUCAGCCACAUGUUAUUUAAGAUGUACUGUUGAUAAUUCAUUAGAAUUAGUUCUCCUGUGUGAAACAGAAUAAAUGUAAAAUGUGAAAAAAUGAUAUCUGUGGUUGCUAAUAAAAUGCUAGUGUUUUGUAUGGAGUCCCUACAAAGACCUUAGGGAUCCUUGGCUUGGUUUGUGAGUCU